AUGGGCACCAGGUACCUGCUCCUCCUCUCAGGUUGUGCAGUGAAGCUAGCAUGUUGCGCAGCAGAAGAAAAGGCCUAUAAUCAGAGCUCUGGGCAUGCCCCAUCUGAACUGUCCCCUCUUUUCUCUGUUUCAGGUCUCAGUGUCCUGGUGGCUGUGUCAGAAUCAAAUUCAGAUGCUUCCUGUCUGCCCUGCCCUGAAAACGCCAUCUGCCACAACAGGACUCACUGUGUUUGUAAAGAUGGGUUCCAGGCCAUGUCUGGGAGGAAAUACUUCACUGAGAUCUAUGAGAAAUGUGAGGAUAUUGAUGAGUGUGCAUCUGGCCUGGCAAAUUGCAAGCAGAGGGCAUACUGCAGAAACACACUUGGAAGUUACCACUGUAACUGUAUCCCAGCCUAUCCUUUCUUUGACUGGGUAGCUGGUGUCCUUAACUACGACCAUCCAGAGUGUUAUGAAAAACAUCAAAAUAAUCUUUCUACUACGAUGACACCACCGAUUUCAGGCCAGGUCCAAGAGAUCUUGAGAAAAAAUAUAUACAAUGGAACCAAAAAAGACAUUGCAGGAAAGGCUACACAACUACUUCAGAAGGUGGAAUUGACCAUAUGGAAUAAGAGUUUUGCUUCUCCAGGAAAGUAUGAAAAUCCUGAGCUUGGUAUAGUCUAUGAAACCAAGAGGUGCAAUGAGACAAGCAAGAGAACAAUUUUGGAAGCUGGAAAUAACACAAUGGACAUUGACUGCAUCCAUACUUUCAACAAAACUACAAGAGAAGAGAGUGCUGUUGCUCUGAUCACCUAUCAGACUCUUGGGGAUAUUCUCAAUGGAUCCUUCUUCAGUGACAGAAAAGGAUUUCAGGUAGUGAAACUGAACUCUCACAUCCUGAGUGGCACCAUUGGUUUGAAGAACAAAACUUACCUGUCCAGACCUGUUUUACUGGUCUUUCAACAUACUCAGAUUCUUGCUGCCAGAGCAAAACAUUUCUGUGUCUACUGGGAAGGAUCGGAGGAGGGAGGCAGCUGGUCGACAGAGGGCUGCUCUCAUGUGGGCAGCAAUGAUUCUUAUACCACAUGCCAGUGUUACCAUCUGUCCAGCUUUGCUGUCCUCAUGGCUCUUACACCCCAGGAGGAUCCGGUGCUGGUUGUGGUCACCCGCGUGGGGCUGAGCCUCUCUCUGCUGUGCCUCCUCCUGGCGGCCCUCACCUUCCUCCUGUGCCGGCCCAUCCAGAACACCAGCACCUCGCUCCACCUGCAGCUCUCCCUCUGCCUGUUCCUGGCCCACCUGCUCUUCCUCGUGGGCAUUGACAAAACUGAGCCCAAGGUGCUGUGCUCUGUCAUCGCAGGUGCACUGCACUACCUCUACCUGGCAUCCUUCACCUGGAUGUUCCUGGAAGGGCUGCACCUCUUCCUCACCGUCAGGAACCUCAAGGUGGCCAACUAUACCGGUGCAGGCAGAUUUAACAAGAUGUUCAUGUAUCCUAUUGGCUAUGGGAUCCCAGCUGUCAUUGUGGUUGUGUCUGCAGGCAUUGGACACAAACAUUAUGGAACAUAUAAUCAUUGCUGGCUGAAUCUUGAUAAAGGCUUUAUCUGGAGCUUCAUGGGGCCAGUGGCCAUCAUUAUCCUGAUAAACUUGGUGUUCUACUUCAUAAUUCUGUGGGUUUUGAGAAGCAAACUUUCUUCCCUCAAUAAAGAAGUUUGCACCAUUCAUAAUACCAGAGUCAUGACAUUUAAAGCGAUUGCUCAGCUGUUUAUCCUGGGCUGUUCUUGGGGCCUUGGUUUUUUUAUGGUUGAAACAGCAGGAAAGACAGUUGGAUUAGUCAUUGCCUACAUGUUCACCAUCACCAAUGUCCUGCAGGGGGUUUUGCUUUUCGUGGUACACUGUCUCUUUAAUCGCCAGGUAAGGCUAAUUUUUCCUUCUCUUCUGAGCUAG